UCUCUCCUUCGAAGCCUCCGUGGAACAAAAACAACUGGAGUACAGGCAGUGAAGAACUGAGCUCGUCUAAUCAGAGAAAACGAGGGAUGUCGACGGAGCUGGAAGAAGACGAGCAACGACGCCGUCAGAGAAAGAUUGAAGAAGCUCUAGAAGUCAAGUCCCUUCGGCGCAUAAUUAGCGCCUACCUCAACUACCCAGAAGCUGCAGAAGAGGAUAUCAAAAGAUAUGAAAGGUCAUUUAAGAAGAUACCACCUGUACAUAAGGCUUUACUAUCUCACUACCCUAUCAAGUACAAAAAGUUGAGGAGGUGUAUAUCAGUUAAUUCAUUCUUCAUAUUUAGCAUGCUUCAGGCAUUUGAACCCCCUAUAGAUAUGAGUCAGGAUGUGGACAUAUGUGAAGAUACUAUUGUUGAGAAUACUACUGAGCAGUCGCACUCUGGAGAGAGGAGUACUUUUUCUCAUCAGUCAACAUCAAGUAGUGAAAGAACGUGUUGUUCUAAUCAUGGUGAGGCUCAGGCAGGAAGCAACAUUAUGCACAAGUCUGUGGUAGGACUCAUGUCUAAACAGGAGAUACCAAAAGAAGACCUUCAUGAUUCUGUUUCUGAGAGCUGUGAUUUAGUCUUGGGAAAGGAGAAAGAGGCAUAUAAACAUGACGGAAAUGAUGCAAGUGAUGCCAAUGGGAAUGUAUCUUCAACAUCUGGUGAUUGGUUGGAUCCAUCGAUGCAGUUGAAUGUUCCCUUGGUUGAUGUAGAUAAGGUUCGUUGUAUAAUAAGGAAUAUAGUUAGAGACUGGGCAGCUGAGGGACAAAAGGAACGUGAUCAGUGCUACAAGCCUAUUCUUGAAGAGCUCGAUUCACUGUUUCCUAACCGUGAUGGGAAGAGCCCUCCUGCCUGUCUUGUUCCUGGCGCUGGACUUGGGCGGUUGGCGCUGGAGAUCUCUUGCCUAGGUUUUAUAAGCCAGGGAAAUGAAUUUUCAUACUACAUGAUGAUUUGCUCAAGUUUCAUUCUUAACCACUCUCAAAGCAUUGGCCAGUGGACAAUAUAUCCUUGGAUCCAUAGCAAUUGCAAUUCACGUUCUGACAGUGAUCAACUUCGUCCUGUAUCAAUACCUGAUAUUCUUCCAGCAAGUGCAGGAAUUACUGAAGGGUUUUCUAUGUGUGGAGGUGACUUUGUUGAGGUCUACAGCGAAUCAUGCCAAAUAGGAAUGUGGGAUGCAGUCGUGACCUGUUUUUUCAUUGACACAGCACACAACAUUAUUGAAUAUAUUGAGAUUAUAUCGAGAAUCUUGAAAGAUGGUGGAGUGUGGAUAAACUUGGGACCUCUAUUAUAUCAUUUUGCAGAUAUGUAUGGGCAAGAAGAUGAGAUGUCAAUUGAAUUGAGCUUGGAGGAUGUAAAGAGAGUUGCUUUGAUGUAUGGAUUUCAGAUUGAGAAGGAAAAGACCAUUGAGACAACCUACACUACAAAUCCUCGAUCAAUGAUGCAAGUAGGUCUUUCGCACCAUUUUAAAUGUUCUUUCUUUUAGUCAGGUUAUUUUUAU